UUCUUUUUCCCAUCCGCAUAAUUCAAUUUCUCAACUCAACCAAAAUGGCUUCCACAUCCUCCUUUACGGGUGAUCCCAAACAGUACCCAAUCGAGCAGUUCAAAGAAGAAAUCACUGGAUCCUGCAAUUGUGGCGCUAUCACCGUUAUCGUGAAAGACAACCUCUGGGCAAAUCCCGAGAAAGGGCAUCUAUGCCAUUGCCAGAAUUGUCGGAAGACAUCGGGUAGUUUCGUAACGAGCAACAUGGCCAUGGAGAAAGCAAAAGUCGAGAUUAGAGAUGAGCAGGGCAAAUUAAAGAGGUAUCCGGAUUACAACACUGGAAGUGGGAAGAAAGUCGAGAGGUGUUUUUGCGGGGAAUGCGGGUCAGCCAUCAUGUCGGAUCCUGAGCUCUUCCCAGACUUGGUGAUGCUCAAAACGGGUAUGUUCCCUAGGAUCCCGAAGCCAGAGUGUGAAAGCUUUGUAGGUCAUCGACAGAGUUGGGAAGAGCAGAGCGUUUUGGGUAGCGCACCAGUUCUUUUUGAUACUGUGAGGGGCCAGGCGAAAUUUGAAGGGAAGUAA